AUGGCCAACUGGAUAGGUUUGAUGAUGCGGGCAGUCUACUAUUACUGUCACUUGAUUGGCUUAACCAACUUUGACUAUGAACCGCGAACAGGACGAGUCUACAAGUCCUGGAAAACUACUUUCUAUACGGCGACGGUCAAUACGGCAAUUACAGUUCUCGCUUAUCAUUGGACGGGUCAAAUGGACUCGAGUUUGUUUGGAAACGUAAACGAGCUACAAGAAUAUGUAAUCGUCUUUAUGAGCGGUCUUAGAAUAAUCGGAGGGCUCGUUACGUUGCUAAACAGAUGGCGGCAGCGCAAACAGCUCAUGGAACUCGUCAGAAAUAUUCUUCGUCUGUAUGUUGCUAAUCCUAAUAUGAACAGCCUAUCCCGCUGGGGGUUUCUCGUAAAGUUCUUCACCACUUUGGCGGUUGACCUCGUCAGUAUUAUUCUGGCCGUAGAUGUAACAGGUCGCGUGAGCCUUGCACAAGCUUUGGCCUUGUUCUUGCAGUUCUGGACUUCGUCAAUUCUGAAUCUGGCCAUUUUGCAGCACUAUCUGGUAAUACUAUUCGUACGAGUGCAAUAUCAGCUCAUGAACACGGAGUUGCGAAAUAUUAUCGAAGAAAGUGAAAGGUUAUGUUCCCUUCCUCGGCGAAGAGCUGCUUUUAUGACCCGGUGUUGCUAUCUGUCGGAUCAGCUGGAAGAUAUUGCCAAACUCCAGAGCCAGCUUCAGUUAAUUGUGAGCCAGGUGGGAAAGGUUUUUGGAAUCCAGGGAUUGGUCGUCUAUAGUGGAUACUACUUAUUUUCUGUGGUUUUCUCGUACCUGACCUACAGUCUCUUUAAAAAUGGAAGCAAGAAUUUGGAUUUAGCUCUUAGAACUAUUAUCCUUGGCUAUUCUUUGAAUUUCUUCUACUAUCUGGACGCCAUGCUGAAUCUUUUCAAUGUUCUUUUGGUUUUGGAUGAUCACAAGGAAAUGUUGCGUCUUUUGGCGAAGAGAACAUUAUUUUCUUCAGGCUUGGAUGUUCGUCUCGAGGAAUCUUUUGAGAGCUUCCAGCUUCAAGUUGCACGAAACCCUUUUGAAAUGAACGUUAUGCAAUUAUUUCCCGUCAAUCACUACUCUACCACUGCCAUGUGUGGAUCUAUUAUAACGCAUUCAAUAUUACUUAUUCAAUAUGACAUGGAAAACUUUUAA